CGAGGGAGCAAGGGAGGGAGAGAAGGAGGUAGAGAAGAGCGGAGGAGAGGGGAGGGAGCGCAGCUUGGUUGCUCCGUAGUACGGCGGCUCGCGAGGCAGAAUCCCUAGCGGGCUCCGGGACGCACGGAGAGGCGGGCAGGCGGGCGGGGAUGGUGUGUUGGGCUGAGGCUCCUGCGUCCCUCUCCGCCGCAAGUGAGCUGCACUGAUUUGUCCCUGGGGCGGCAGCGCGGACCCGCCUGGAGAUGAGGCGUCGAUUAGCAAGGUAAAAGUAGCAGAACCAUGGCUCAGUUUCCAACACCUUUUGGAGGCAGCCUGGAUAUCUGGGCCAUAACUGUAGAGGAAAGAGCAAAGCACGAUCAACAGUUUCAUAGUUUAAAGCCAAUAUCUGGAUUUAUUACUGGUGAUCAAGCUAGAAACUUUUUUUUUCAAUCUGGGUUACCUCAGCCUGUUUUAGCACAGAUAUGGGCGCUAGCUGAUAUGAACAAUGACGGGCGAAUGGAUCAAGUGGAGUUUUCCAUAGCUAUGAAACUUAUCAAACUGAAACUGCAAGGGUACCAACUCCCUUCCACACUUCCCCCUGUCAUGAAACAGCAGCCGGUCGCUAUUUCUAGUGCACCAGCCUUUGGAAUAGGAGGCAUCGCCAGCAUGCCGCCACUCACAGCUGUUGCUCCGGUGCCAAUGGGAUCCAUUCCAGUUGUCGGAAUGUCUCCACCUCUAGUAUCUUCUGUUCCUACAGCAGCAGUGCCUCCCCUGGCUAACGGGGCUCCCCCUGUUAUACAACCUCUACCCGCAUUUGCUCAUCCUGCGGCCACAUUGCCAAAGAGCUCUUCCUUCAGUAGAUCUGGUCCAGGGUCACAAUUAAACACUAAAUUACAGAAGGCACAGUCAUUUGAUGUGGCUAGUGCCCCUCCCGCGGCAGAAUGGGCUGUCCCUCAGUCAUCCAGACUGAAAUACAGACAGUUAUUCAAUAGUCAUGACAAAACUAUGAGUGGACACUUAACAGGUCCCCAAGCAAGAACUAUUCUUAUGCAAUCAAGUUUACCACAGGCUCAGCUGGCUUCAAUUUGGAAUCUUUCUGACAUUGAUCAAGAUGGAAAACUCACAGCAGAAGAAUUUAUCCUGGCUAUGCACCUGAUCGAUGUAGCGAUGUCUGGCCAACCACUGCCACCUGUCCUGCCUCCAGAGUACAUUCCGCCUUCCUUUAGACGAGUUCGAUCUGGCAGUGGUAUAUCUGUCAUCAGCUCAACGGCAGUAGAUCAGAGGUUACCAGAGGAGCCAGUUUUAGAAGAUGAGCAACAACAGCUAGAGAAGAAAUUGCCCGUAACAUUUGAGGAUAAGAAGCGUGAGAAUUUUGAGCGUGGCAACCUGGAACUGGAAAAGCGGAGGCAGGCUCUCCUGGAACAGCAGCGCAAAGAGCAGGAGCGCCUGGCCCAGCUCGAGCGCGCGGAGCAGGAGAGGAAAGAGCGGGAGCGCCAGGAGCAGGAGCGCAAGAGACAACUGGAGCUGGAGAAGCAACUGGAAAAGCAGCGGGAACUAGAACGGCAGAGAGAGGAGGAGAGGAGGAAGGAAAUCGAGAGACGGGAGGCUGCAAAACGAGAACUUGAAAGGCAACGACAACUUGAAUGGGAACGGAAUCGAAGACAAGAACUACUCAAUCAAAGAAACAAAGAACAAGAAGACAUAGUUGUACUGAAAGCAAAGAAAAAGACUCUGGAAUUUGAAUUAGAAGCUCUAAAUGAUAAAAAGCAUCAACUAGAAGGAAAACUUCAAGAUAUCAGAUGUCGAUUGACCACCCAAAGGCAAGAAAUUGAGAGUACGAACAAAUCCAGAGAGUUGAGGAUUGCAGAAAUCACCCAUCUACAGCAACAGUUACAGGAGGCUCAGCAAAUGCUUGGAAGACUUAUUCCAGAGAAACAGAUACUCAAUGACCAAUUAAAACAAGUUCAGCAAAACAGUUUACACAGAGAUUCACUUCUGACACUCAAAAGAGCGUUAGAAGCAAAAGAAGUGGCUCGUCAGCAGCUCCGAGACCAACUGGAUGAAGUUGAGAAAGAAACCAGGUCAAAACUACAGGAGAUUGAUAUUUUCAAUAAUCAGCUGAAGGAACUGAGAGAAAUACAUAAUAAGCAACAACUCCAGAAACAAAAGUCCAUAGAGGCCGAACGUCUGAAACAGAAGGAACAAGAGCGAAAGAUCAUAGAAUUAGAAAAACAAAAAGAAGAAGCCCAAAGACGAGCUCAGGAGAGGGACAAGCUGUGGACUGAGCACACGCAGCCGGACAAUGAGCAGCAGCGGCCGAGGAAGAUUCACGAUGAAGAGAAACUCCGAAGGGAGGAGAGUGUCAAGAAGAAGGACGGUGAGGAGAAGGGCAAACUGGACACACAGGACAAGAUGAGUCGGCUUUUCCAUCAGCAUCAAGAACCCGCCAGGCCAGCUGUCCAGGCACCCUGGUCCACCACAGAAAAAGGCCCACUUACAAUUUCCGCACAGGAGAAUGUAAAGGUGGUGUAUUACCGAGCGCUCUAUCCCUUUGAAUCCAGAAGUCAUGAUGAGAUCACGAUCCAGCCCGGAGAUAUAGUAAUGGUUAAAGGGGAAUGGGUGGAUGAAAGCCAAACUGGAGAACCGGGCUGGCUUGGAGGAGAAUUAAAAGGAAAGACAGGAUGGUUCCCUGCAAACUAUGCAGAGAGAAUCCCAGAAAACGAGGUUCCUGCUCCAGUCAAACCUGGGCCCGACACGACCUCUACCCCUGCACCCAAACUGGCCGUGCGUGAGACCCCCGCUCCUGUGGCUGUGACCGCUCCAGAGCCCUCCACGACCCCCAACAACUGGGCUGAUUUCAGCUCCACGUGGCCCACCAGCACGAAUGAGAAGCCAGAAACCGACAACUGGGAUGCGUGGGCAGCCCAGCCCUCACUCACCGUCCCAAGUGCAGGCCCGCUACGGCAGAGGUCAGCCUUCACUCCAGCCACGGCCACGGGCUCGUCUCCAUCCCCUGUGUUAGGCCAGGGUGAGAAGGUGGAGGGGCUACAAGCGCAAGCCCUGUAUCCUUGGAGAGCCAAAAAAGACAACCACUUAAAUUUUAACAAAAACGAUGUCAUCACCGUCCUGGAACAGCAAGACAUGUGGUGGUUUGGAGAAGUUCAAGGUCAGAAGGGUUGGUUCCCCAAGUCUUACGUGAAACUCAUUUCAGGGCCCAUAAGGAAAUCUACAAGCAUCGAUUCCGGUUCUUCAGAAAGUCCCGCUAGUCUAAAGAGAGUAGCGUCUCCAGCAGCCAAGCCAGCCGUUUCGGGAGAAGAAUUUAUUGCCAUGUACACUUACGAGAGUUCUGAGCAAGGCGAUUUAACCUUUCAGCAAGGGGAUGUGAUUUUGGUUACCAAGAAAGAUGGUGACUGGUGGACAGGAACAGUGGGCGACAAGUCUGGAGUCUUCCCUUCUAACUAUGUGAGGCUUAAAGAUUCAGAGGGCUCUGGAACUGCUGGGAAAACAGGGAGUUUAGGAAAAAAACCUGAAAUCGCACAGGUGAUUGCCUGCUACACUGCCACGGGUCCGGAGCAGCUCACCCUGGCCCCUGGUCAGCUGAUUUUGAUCCGAAAAAAGAACCCAGGUGGAUGGUGGGAAGGAGAGCUGCAAGCACGUGGGAAAAAGCGCCAGAUAGGCUGGUUCCCCGCUAAUUAUGUAAAACUUUUAAGCCCUGGGACAAGCAAAAUCACUCCAACGGAGCCACCGAAGCCGACGGCGUUACCGGCAGUGUGCCAGGUGAUCGGCAUGUACGACUACAUCGCCCAGAACGACGAUGAACUGGCCUUCAACAAGGGCCAGAUCAUCAACGUCCUCAACAAGGAGGACCCCGACUGGUGGAAAGGAGAAGUCAAUGGACAAGUGGGGCUCUUCCCCUCCAACUACGUGAAGCUGACCACAGACAUGGACCCAAGCCAGCAAUGGUGUUCAGACUUACACCUCUUGGAUAUGCUGACCCCCACUGAAAGAAAGCGGCAAGGAUACAUCCAUGAGCUCAUUGUGACAGAGGAGAACUAUGUGAAUGACCUCCAGCUGGUCACAGAGAUCUUUCAGAAACCCCUGAUGGAGUCUGAGCUGCUGACAGAGAAAGAGGGUGCUAUGAUUUUUGUUAACUGGAAGGAGCUGAUUAUGUGUAAUAUCAAACUACUGAAAGCGCUGAGAGUCCGCAAGAAGAUGUCUGGGGAGAAGAUGCCUGUGAAGAUGGUCGGCGACAUCCUGACCGCCCAGCUGCCGCACAUGCAGCCCUACAUCCGCUUCUGCAGCUGUCAGCUCAAUGGGGCUGCGCUGAUCCAGCAGAAGACGGAUGAGGCCCCGGACUUCAAGGAGUUUGUCAAAAGACUGGCAAUGGACCCUCGAUGUAAAGGGAUGCCACUCUCUAGUUUUAUACUGAAGCCUAUGCAACGGGUAACAAGAUACCCACUGAUCAUUAAAAAUAUCCUGGAAAACACUCCUGAAAACCACCCUGACCACAGCCACUUGAAGCACGCCCUGGAGAAAGCGGAGGAGCUGUGCUCCCAGGUGAACGAAGGGGUGCGGGAGAAGGAGAACUCCGACCGGCUGGAGUGGAUCCAAGGCCACGUGCAGUGUGAAGGCCUGUCCGAGCAACUUGUGUUCAAUUCAGUGACCAAUUGCUUGGGGCCACGCAAGUUUCUGCACAGUGGGAAACUCUACAAGGCCAAGAGCAACAAGGAGCUGUAUGGCUUCCUCUUCAACGACUUCCUCCUGCUGACCCAAAUCAUAAAGCCCUUGGGCUCAUCUGGCACGGACAAAGUCUUCAGUCCCAAAUCGAACCUGCAGUACAAAAUGUACAAAACACCUAUUUUCCUGAAUGAGGUUCUAGUAAAAUUACCCACUGACCCUUCUGGAGAUGAGCCCAUCUUCCACAUCUCCCACAUUGACCGAGUCUACACCCUCCGAGCCGAAAGCAUAAAUGAAAGGACUGCCUGGGUGCAGAAAAUCAAAGCUGCUUCAGAACUCUAUAUAGAGACUGAGAAAAAGAAGCGGGAGAAGGCGUACCUGGUCCGUUCCCAAAGGGCAACAGGUAUCGGAAGGUUGAUGGUGAACGUUGUUGAAGGCAUUGAGCUGAAACCCUGUCGGUCACAUGGAAAGAGUAACCCGUACUGUGAGGUGACCAUGGGCUCCCAGUGUCACAUCACCAAGACGAUCCAGGACACUCUGAAUCCCAAAUGGAAUUCCAACUGCCAGUUCUUCAUCAAAGACCUGGAGCAGGAGGUCCUCUGCAUCACCGUGUUUGAGAGGGACCAGUUCUCUCCAGACGAUUUUUUGGGUCGGACAGAGAUCCGUGUGGCUGACAUCAAGAAGGACCAGGGUUCCAAGGGCCCAGUUACAAAGUGUCUCCUGCUACAUGAAGUCCCCACAGGGGAGAUUGUGGUCCGCUUAGACCUGCAGCUGUUUGAUGAGCCAUAGGGAGCAGGCCCUGGUGUGCUGGUAGACUUCCUCCAGCCCAAGGCAGCAGGUGCGAUCUGGACAUGGGGUUGCUUUUCUAAGACCACCGUUGGAUGUUCAGCCACAGGGCAACGGGACAGUGAAGACAGGCCCCUCAAAACUUUUAGGAAUAAUUCUUGACAAUCCUUCCCCCGCCCCCAAACAAGUUCCCAUUUUAUGAAGCAGAACUGUCUUCCUUCGUCCUCACUGCAGGCCUCAUCAUGGCUUCUAGGGUCUUUGAAAUCCCAUAGCCCCCAGCUAGAUUUGGUUGGGAGUCUGGCCCAUCCCUGGGCCCGAGGCUUGGGUCUGGUCACUGUAAAAUAGAUUUAUAAAUGCAAUGUCUGUAUGUUUGGAGAACUCAUGUAACCCUCCACCAGUCCCCAGAUAGGCCCCUGGGCCCAUGAUGCCUAGUCCUUCGUGUGUUUUAGAAGUAACUAUGAAAGUCUUGCCAUUGCUUCAGAAUCUUAUUCCCCCACCGGGACCUUAUUUGAAAUGCUGCCCUGGAUAUGAUCAGUCGGGGAGGUGGUCUCCAAAUCAGACAGUGGGCUAGCUCUUUGAAGAGCUGGUCCAUGGAAGAUUCUAGCAGGUGCAUUGUUAGAGCCCUUCCAGUGCCCUCCAGGUCUUUUAUUGAUAGAUGUCAAUGAAAACUAUCACUAGCUACCUUCAGGUGAUCCAGUUUUGAUUUCCAGCAUGCUUGGAAGAUGGUUAAGGAAGCUUGUUAUCUACAAAGUUAUACUUUGUUGGAUUUAGAUCACCACAGGUCACCUGAAAGGCUACUUUACAAUGUCAUUGGGCCCUGGUUGCCACCCCAGUUGGAAAAUUCUCUUUGGUUUGGAGGUCCUACGAUGUUUCGUGACAAGAGUAAUCUCUGGUGACCAGCUCUGAGCCUGCUUUUGCUUGAAUGUGCCGGAUCCUGAUUGUCAUGGGAAAUUCUAGCAGCUGUCUUUGGUGUGUUCCCAAGAAAGAAACAUCCCCAAGACGUGAAAAAGAAAAGUCGUGAUCCGGAAGUGGGAUGGAAAGAUGUAAAGGAACUCCAUUACAUGCUGGGGGGAAGGCCCUAGGAGCAUACACGCCUCACAAAUCUGGGGAGGAAGACCCAAGACUCGUUCCCAUAUUCUUCCAUACGCAACCAACCUCUCAGUAAUGGAAACCCAUGUGCUUGUUGCCAGAGUCAGGAACGUAUGACCAUGUGCCAAGCUGUUUGGUUUGAGUUCUUUGAUUCCCCACCCCCCCCAAUAGCCAGGAGAUAGGCUGGUUAACUAGAUAAUAACUUGAUUUGCUAAUGAAAAGUGUGGGCCGUAUUUUGUUCGCAUGUUAAUGUUCUCCUAAUCCCAGUUUGUUGUGGUCAUGACAUGUUCUUUGCAUGUUCUCUUGGUACUGGAGUCCAGCUUUCCUGUGUUAGACAGUGUUCUCUUCAAUUGUAGGUCCUAAUUUAACUAGGGUUGUAGAAAUGCUUUGUAAGUGGUAGCAUUAACAUAGUGGCCGAGUCUCCACUUUGCUGGGAACUGAAUGCAUAGUGUCAUAAUUUCCCAUAAGAGCUCUGUCAUAUUUCAAGCAAUUUUUAAAAUGUGUGUGUUAGAAAGGGCAACAAAGUUUACAUUUCAUACUUUUAAGAAACACUUUAUUAUUUAUUUAUUGAAGAUAGUGUAGAAUUUUGUAUCGCGAACAAACAGACAUGAGUAUUUUUUAAAACAGACACACCCUUUAGUUAGAAACUUUCAACUGAACACUGUUACAGACCAAGGUGAACUUCAGGCAUGCAUUUGUUUACCACUUCCCAGAAGAAGAUAUAGUGAAAAUACCUUAGGUUUAUAUUUUUUUGACGUUGUUAAGAAACUGUGUGGAAUUAAAUCUAUAAAUAGACAUACAACUUAUGCUUUCCUAUUUCUAUACCCAAUACAGUUUGUUCAGUGUA